UACACACUUGGCAUCUAUUGCACUUCUGCCGUCUGAGGUUUCUAUGUAUUUGUACCUGUUAAAAGGAUUUUUAGUAGUUUGUCCUGACUCUUGCUGAGGGUUAAGAGCAGAGGAUGUCUCACCAUGUUAAAGACUAAGAGACAAAUUGUGAUUUGUGAAUAUGGGCUAUACAAAUAGAAUUUGAUUGAUUGAUUGAUUGAGACCGAUAAAAAUAAUCCAUUAACUUUGACAUCUUCCAUUCAGAGAGUGAAGAAGAUUGAGGGAUAUAUAUUUCUUUCCCUUUGAUGUUGGGAUUGAGAGAUUUAUCUUUCUUUCCAAACAUGUAAGAAGAACCUAUGAUUUUUUCUUCAGAGCCUGAAGAUUGAUCCAGAAAUGCAUCAUCAGCAGUUCAGCUGAGAUGCUCCUCAAGCCCUCAGCCUGACAGACACAGGGUUGGUGUGAAGGCACCAAAGCACGAGCUCCUUGCACAGUGUUGUAGCUGGGUUAGGGCAGAGAUCAGUUAAUUGUUCAAUAGAUUCAACCCUUUUAUUGAUUUACAUUUAUUUUUAUAUUAGUCCUUGUAUGGGAAAACCAUGUGUAUCCAAUCGUUAUGGUGCCUGAACUUUGAAGCAGAGUGAUCCCUCUUUCUGCCCCUCACAUCUCUGUGUUCAGUAGUGACGUCACAGACUCUGGGUUAAAGGGCCUCCAGCCUCAUGAAGAAGGAUGAACAACAAUCGGUCGUUGCCUCACGAUGUCUGUCGUCAGGUUUCAUUGGGUUCUGAGAAAUAACUGACACAGGAUAUACGACCCAGCUGUCACAACCCGUCUAAUAUUAUACAUCACAAGUAAACAACAUCAACCGGACAACAUCACAGGACUUAUUCCAUAUCUCACCUGCAAACAUGGAGGAGGGUUUUUGACCUAUAAAGCAGCCAGCCACCAGGGAGCGCUCCUGGUGUUCCUCACUUCUUAAUAAAAACAAUUCAUAAAUAAAAAACAAGUACAAGUACAAACCAAAUUAUUUUCUGCACCCGUUAAGAGCACAUGAGAAGCAGAAUGAGAAGAGAAAGAAUUCACUUGGAGAGGAGAGGAGAGGAGAGGAGAGGAGAGGAGAGGAGAGGAGAGGAGAGGAGAGGAGAGGAGAGGAGAGGAGAGGAGAUGGAUAUCCGAAUAAACCCUAACCCUUGUGCCUGCUGCCGUCUGGCCGACGCUGCCGCAGCAUCCGGGCCAGCACCACCAGAGACAGUUUCCUCCAAUCUGUCAUAAUUCCUUUAACUCUGCACCUUACCAUAUUUGCACUAUUAUAUUUUUUGAUAUUCUAUGCUACAUUUAUUUCAAUUAAUAUUUUUUUUGCUUGUAGAGCCUGUGAGAGCAUUUCAUGACCAGCGACUGCUAAAUGUUAUUGGUGUGCACAUGACAAUAAACUCUUGAAACUUGAUGAGAUAAGUUAAUAUGAGACAAGCUUCUUUUUAAUGGCAUUGCAGUGUAAACAUUGCACUAAUAGCGUCAGACAGCAAUAAAAUGACACAGACAAGAUCUCCACCCUUCAAUAUAAACACUUCACUAUAAGGAUCUCUUUGCUUCAUUUGGGCUCCUGUCCAUGAAGGAGGAGACAGACAUGAAGAUGUGACACACUGUCCUAGCAGCCACUUAAAUAUCAACCAGUAGACAUGAGAAUUCACUAAGUUGGGCUGAGGGUCAAGCAUCACAAAGAGACAAAUGAAAAACGUGUGUCAAGAAUACUGGGACCCAACGACACAGACAUCUUUAUAAUAUACAAAAACAUGUAGGUAUAGAAGGAGGCUGCAGAAACAGAACUGACGAGUCAUUACCUGUCUCAGGACGAACAGGACUCAAUCCGGACUUUAUAGAUCAACAGCAGUGGACCUGGGUUAGGGUUUGUCCCCAAGCGGAUUCUAGAGUUAGGGUUAACCCUAACCCUAACCCAGCGGAUUGAGUUCUAACUAUAGAAUCCUCAUCACAGGAGGAGCAGCUCGGCAGGAGGCUGAUAACAGGAGGAUGCAGGCUGGUCUCCACACUCCAGUCCUGUAGGUGGCGCUGAUGCCAAGGAGCUUGUUUUCAAACCUCCAACAAAUCAAAAGAAGAAGAAUGGAACCGAACUUAUUUUGAGCGUGUUGUUUGUUUCACUGUAACGGAGCCGAUGCGUGUUUAACCCGGUUUAACUCGGUUUAACUCGGUUUAACUCGGGUUUCUCCGGGAUACUCAUCUUCUCAGUGAACAUUAGACAUGAUGGACAGUCGCAGCCUGGUGGGUGAGGUUCUGUCUCCGGAGUCGACGGUGACCUCCCUGAUGUCCAACACCGGUCGUCUGAGGAGCAGCCUCCUGCCUCCUGAACACAGCAGCAGCAUCAGAUACAGAAACAAGGACUACGACUCGGCCUCUGCGGCGCUGGACGCCUACAUCGCAGACUUUGAGGGUAGUUGUCAGAACUGCAGGUUUCCAGCAGGAGGACUCGUCCUGCCUCGUAGUCUCCUGUCCACGCCGAGCAGACCCAGAGUCAGCACACUCAGAAACAAAGAUGUUCUCAGGGAGAGCUUGACUGAGAGAGAGCUGGACUUCCUGAACCUUCCCGUCUCCUCCCUUCAUCACGGUGCUAACAGAGACCGACUCUCCAUGACGACAGACGAGCUGCUGUCAAUCCCUAACGAUGGAACGAUGCCUGUCACUCAUACGUCUGCCUUUAUCCAAGGCCUCGUGUCUCAGUCUGGAGCCUCACAGCUCCACUGCUCCUCCUCCAGUUCAGGACCUAGAAACUGUGCUGGGGUCAGCGGCAGCUUCACCAACCCCCAGCUGAACCACCACCACCCUCAACUGACCAGGAUCUCCAGGUGCAGAGGAAGAGGAGCAGCCAUGUUCAAAACACAUGACAACGAUUUCCCUUCCACACACAGAGCAGCAGGGUCAGAGGUCACAGAGCCUUCCUCAGGUCCUCCUCACUGGUUCAGCAGAAGCAGGGCUGACUGCGAGCCCUCUGGAACCAGCAGCACCCCUGACCUGAACUACCCAGCAUGGGUCCAGGGCUGCAGCGAGUCGCAGCCACAGCUGUGGGACAAAUACAGUUUUCCUGCAGCUGUGAGAACCAGAGCUCCAUCCUGGGUAGCAGAGCUCGAGGAAGAUGAUCUCGACCAGACACGUUCACAGGUUGGAGAUCUGAGGCUCCAGUUAGCUGAUCAGAUUUCACUGCUCGCUGCAGAGAGGAAAAGCUCUGACAUCAUGGACCCUCACAUGAUGUUCAGAGACAACAGGAUCGAGUGUUUGAUCCAGAAGGCCGAUCAUGUGUUGAACUCUCUGUGUCAGAGCCGUGACGGAGCAGACAAACCUGCAGUUAGUCCAGUGAACACUGAGGAGCUGCUCAGUUCAUCCUCACGCUGUCCAUCAUUAACUCUGGACCCAGCAGCAGGGGGCAGCACAGAGGCUCUGAGUGACAGAGGAGCUGAGACGUUGAGCAGCGGUCUCCAUGGUAUCUGGAAGCAGCCCGGUCCAGUGGAGGCUCUGAAACAGAUGCUGUUCAGACUGCAGGCGGUGGAGACCAAGCUUCAGCGACAUGAAGAAGAAGCAUCAGAAGCUCAAACACACCCUGACAGGCUGCAGGCUCCAGGGACGCAGACGACUGAAGAGGGGCUGGAGAGUGUUUCUGGUGGACCAUCACUACACAGAGCUCUGCAUCACCUGAGUCGUCUGAAGCUCCUGGUGGAGGAACCCAGGGAGAUGAACAGAGAGGAGGAGAGGGAUGAAGAUGAAGGACGCUACUCUUCCUCAUCUGCUGACGGACUCAUCUGUACGCAGCUGAAACUCUCCCAAAGCUCACGUUAGUUUCUCACUGUCCAGGAAGAAUCUGGAUGAACUCUGGAUGAAUGAUUGAGAUGAGAAGGUGCCGUGCAUCGAAACCCAGAACUGAGACUGAACCAGACCCGAUGAGGAGCCAAUGAAAAGUGUGGAAGUGACGAGAAGUGUUCACGUGAAGGAAGCUGUGAAAGUUGGAAACAUGGUCUCAUCUCGUUUUUCAUUAAAGUCUGAACUUUGGGAAAUCUGCUUGUUUUUCACAGAAUCAUUGAGAUUGGAUUAUUUAUCUUUCUUCACAUUCAGAUUGUUAUGGUUCUGCUCUCAACCCUCGCUCACACUAACGGCUCCUGCUUGUGCUCCAACUGUGUGUUGACACCCCCCCACCACUUUGUGCACAUGGUGGGGGUCACAACCUCACGGAUACUGUAAGGAAAAUGUGACAAUAAAAUUAGUAAUUAUUAUUAAAAUUUG